AUGAUCACGAUGGACGAGGUUACGCACUGGGAGGACCAAGAACUGAACCAGCGCAACCUCAACGACCUCUUCUACGCCUCCCAGCCGGAGGAGCUGCCCUGGAUCCGCACUGAGUGCGUCAUCGACGUCGUCCAGGCGGCUGCCUAUCUCGACCAAGCCAUCGUCUUCUUGUACAAGGCCAUCGACUACAACGGCUUGGAGUGCCCGGACAACAGCCCGGUCGGCUGUGCCGCGAGCGUGGCUGGCUUCAUCACCUCCAUCACCUGGAUCGCCUCCUACCUGUCCUUCGCGGCAAACGCCUGCGGGCAGGCCGUGAAUUCCGGGGCCUUGUGCGCCGGCGACUUCACGGCCUUGAUGGCCAACUUCGGUGAGAUCGCCACGGUGGGAGCUGCGGUGAAGGCAGACUGCGACUUCGGCAAGAACAUCAUCAGCAUCCUCACGAACCCGGCCCCCGCGCAACCGGCGUGGGCGCAGUUCGUCCCGGGCGGCGCGGGGCCCGAGGCCGAGAAGAUCCUGAAGAUCAAGGGCCACCAGGAGGCCAACCGCAACCGGGGCUUCGACAUCGCCCAGUGCGUCGCCGACGUCACGAACGCCGCUGCCUACAUUGUUCGCGCCCUCCUCCAGAUCCGCACUGUCACGCCGCUGUUAGCGGCCCUGGAGCGUGUGCACGCGGAAAUGUGGUUUUAA